AUGUCGGCUGACGUCAAUCCUUUCGAGGAUCUUCCUCCUCUGCGGAUAGUGAAUGUGAUAGAUGCACCGGUGGCUGAGAGAAGCGAGCUCUUUCGGAAGAAGGUCCGGGCUUGUGGGGUUGUAUUCGACUUUGGUAACCAACAAACAUAUCUAAAAGAAAAGGAGGCAAAACGACAGACACUGCUCGAGCUCGUCGAAUAUGUGAAUAAUACACGCAACUGCUUCAAUGAGUCAAUCAUGCAAGAUGUGGUUAAUAUGGUAUCGGCGAAUAUCUUCCGGGCGCUUCCACCGGUGCAUGGUCGCAACCCCAACUCGAUAUACGAUCCGGAAGAUGACGAGCCUACGUUGGAGCCUAGCUGGCCUCACCUUCAGAUUGUGCUGAUGGAUCUGUUCGACUCGGAAGACCCCCGAGAGAGGGACUACCUCAAAACGAUACUGCAUAGGAUAUACGGAAAAUUCAUGGCCUUGCGGGCAUUCAUUCGAAAGGCGAUGCAGAACCUGUUCUAUAAGAUCAUCUACGAGAGCGAGUACCAUAACGGCAUUGAGGAGCUGUUGGAAAUUUUCGGCUCGAUUGUUAACGGUUUUGCCCUUCCGUUGAAGGAGGAGCACAAGCAGUUCUUAGAGAAGAGCCUUAUACCCCUCCAUAAGGUGAAGACGUUGAACUCUUUCCAUCAGCAGCUUUCCUAUUGUAUGACUCAGUACGUUGAGAAGGACCCGCGGUUGGCAGAUUCCAUAAUUUUGGGUCUCCUCCGAUUUUGGCCGAUAACGAACACGCCCAAAGAAGUGUUGUUCCUCAAUGAAGUGGAGGUAGUUUUGGAGUUGACUCAACCACCGGAAUUCCAGAAAGUUGAAGUGCCAUUAUUCAGACGGAUAGGGCAAUGUAUUGCAAGUCCGCAUUUCCAGGUUGCUGAACGAGUGCUUUUCUUAUGGAAUAAUGAUUAUAUCGCGAAGCGAAUCAACCAGAACCGGCAGGUUAUAUUCCCGAUUGUCAUUGGACCAUUAUACAGGAAUUCUGACUCCCAUUGGAACACUACUGUCCACGGUUUGUCGUACAAUGUUAUUAAACUGCUCAUGGAAGCUGAUCCACCAUUUUUUGAUGAGUGCAAUUCGAAAGUCCGGAUCAUCGCGGAACAGUCCCAAAAAGCGAAGGAGAUAGCUGAGGCGAAGUGGGCAUACCUUCAAGCUGAAUACGAUGGCCACAACACGGCACAGAGCAGUUCGACGAAGGCAAAUGUGUAG